AUGGAGCGGGGCAACGGAACCCUGGUGACAGAGUUCGUCUUCCUCGGCUUCUCCUCUCUGGCCGGGCUGCAGCGGCUGCUCUUUGUUGCCUUCCUGCCCCUCUACCUGUUCACUCUGGGCACCAAUGCCACCAUCGUUUCCACCAUCGUGCUAGACAGAGCCCUUCACGCCCCCAUGUACUUCUUCCUCGCUGUCCUCUCCUGCUCUGAGACCUGCUACACCUUCGUCAUCGUACCCAAGAUGCUGGUUGACCUCCUGGCCCAGAAGAAGACCAUCUCCUUCCUGGGCUGUGCCAUCCAGAUGUUCACCUUCCUCUUCCUCGGCUGCUCUCACUCCUUCCUGCUGGCGGCCAUGGGGUAUGACCGCUACGUGGCCAUCUGUAACCCUCUGCGCUACACGGUGCUCAUGGGACACGGGGUGUGUGUGGGACUCGUGGCUGCUGCCUGUGCCUGUGGCUUUACUAUUGCACAGAUUAUCACCUCCGUGGUAUUCCACCUACCCUUCCGCACCUCCAACCAGCUCCAUCAUUUCUUCUGUGACAUCGCCCCUGUCCUCACGGUGGCAUCUCAUCAUACCUACCUGAGUCAGAUUGUCAUCGUCAUGCUCUGUGCACUGGUCCUGGUUAUCCCCCUGUCACUGAUUUUGGUGUCCUAUAUUCACAUCAUCUCUGCCAUACUCCAGCUUCCUUCCACAUUGGGCAGGUACAAAGCCUUCUCCACCUGUGCGUCCCACCUCAUUGUUGUCACCAUCCAUUAUGGCUGUGCCUCCUUUAUCUACUUACGGCUCAAGUCCAACUACUCCUCAAGCCGAGAUGCUCUCAUAUCAGUCUCCUACACCAUCCUGACUCCCUUGUUCAAUCCGCUGAUUUACAGCUUGAGAAAUAAGGAGUUCAAGUCAGCUCUUCGCAGAGCUGCGGGAAAAACCAUUUCCCUGCCACGAUGUUAA